AUGCAAGAGAAUCUAAGAGAAAUAGGCAAGAAAAAACAACAAACCCAGGAGGAGUUAGAGCAAAACACAACAGUUUUUGUUGAUGAACAUAUAGAUGAGGAAAUGGGCUCUUCAUCACUUCCCAAGUCACAAGCCUCUGAUGCACAUCAUGAAGGACUUCAUAAAGGGAAGAGAAAGAAAGAUGACAUAGAUAACUUUUUUGCACCAAGAACUAAACUUGGAUCUCAACCAUCAUUGAAAAGUGUAAUGGCAUCCAAAGAAGCCAUACACCGUGCUGAUUUGGCAGUUGGGAGAUGGUUUUACGACAGUUGCAUUCCAUUUAAUGCCAUAAAUUAUGCUUUUGCACAGAAGGCUAUUGAUGUGAUAGCUGCAAUUGGCCCUGGUUAUAAGUUGUCAUCCUAUCAUAAGUUGAGGGUUAAUAUUCUGCAAGAUUGUAAAGAGGAGUGCAAGCUGUUGAUAGAUUCAUAUAGAAGAUCUUGGAAAGAAAUUGGUUGCACACUCAUGGCAGAUGGAUGGACAGAUAACAGGAAUAGAACUUUGAUUAAUUUUCUUGUUUAUUGUCCAAGGGGCAUUGCAUUCUUGAAAUCUGUGGAUGCUUCUGAUAUUACUAAGGAUGCCAAAACAUUAUGUUCAUUAUUUUGCGAAGUUAUUGAAUGGGUUGGGCCAGAAAAUAUUGUACAACUUGUAACAGAUAAUGCUGCAAAUUAUAAAAAGGCAGGGGAAUUACUGCAUGAAAGGUUUGGUAACAUUUGUUGGUCUCCAUGUUCUGCUCAUUAUUUAAAUCUUAUUCUUAGAGAUUUUGGGAACAUGACUCAUAUUCAAGAUCUUGCGAAAAGAGCUUCAAAAGUUACAGUUUUUGUCUACAAUCAUGUCUUUAUUCUCGCUUGGCUAAAAAAAAGAGAAGGCUUUCAUAACAAGCAAAGCUUUCUUUGA